AUGGAGACCGCAGUCCGAUGGUCACCAAGCUCAACGUCUGACGACCAGAGGUUUCUCUACGUUGAUAUACCCGGGAAAUCCUUUAAUUUGUGCAAGGUUACCUCCCGCGAUGACGUCCUUGGAGCUUUGAACUAUGAGGUCCAAGCAUCUCGCCAUUCUGUCCCGCCAUUUCGAGCCUUCGACUGGUCGUCCGCCGACGAGAACCUCGCUGUUGUUGGGCAGUCCUCGGGGGAGGCAGCUGUUCUACGCCUAGAUGAUGAUACGCAGAGUCCCAUCGUUUUCCCUAUACGAAAUCAGCGGUCUUGCAACGCUGUUGCAUUCAAUACACAGGGGUUGCUGGCUGCUGGACUUGACAAAGUCAGAAACGACUUCAGUCUUAAUAUAUGGAACGUGAACCAACGCCUUAGCCUGGGCAGCGCUACGCGACCGUUUGGGUCAAGUAGAUACCCAACAGAACCGCUCCACUGGCUAGACGAGAACUACAUCGCUUCCUGUUUCCCUUCAAACGACUCCGCCAUCAGCAUAUGGGAUCGUCGCUCGGGAUUCCGCUACCCCACAGCCGCUGGGGCAACUCCUGCUGCCGCCGAUUCCGGACCGCUAUCUACUGCUUUGGAUCUGAAGCCAAAUAUUGAACCCAACUCUACAAUUGCAAGCUUACGAUUUUCUCGAACCAAGCGAGGAUGCUUGGGAAUGUUAACCACUACUGGAGCCUUUCGAUGUUAUGAUAUUGCUAAGGAAUACCUUUCUGACGAACAUAAAUCAUCCCUGGAGAAUACGUUAGGGCAGGAUCCUAGCAGGCAUUAUCCAGAACAAAUAUAUACCAGAAAAGUGCAAGACUUCCGGCCUUCUGCAUUUUCAUCAGUCAAUAAUGCCAAACCCGACUGGCAACGAGUCACCUCCUUCGACUUCUUAAAUAAGGGGGUGACUUUUUACACCACCCCCUCCAUCACCCUCAACAGACUUAUCUUCAAAAUGCACCGCGAUGAAGCGAGUGUCUCAACUCACGAAAAACGGGAUAGCCUGCUCCUAACUGAAAAAGUGCCCUCGUUCCAGGAUGCGCUGUCGUGGCUAACCAUACCACGCUUGAGGUGUGCGGAAGGUUAUCUACUUGACAGUGAAAAAAACAAAGCUAUAGUAUCUGAUGACCCAUCUUUGCUGGAAUUGUGGGAUUGGAUCGGCCGUGCACAUUCGCGGUCGGCCAACGAUUCAAUGAUCAUUCACGGCGUUGAUAUGAAUUACAUUGGCGUAUAUAGUGUUUGGAAUGGAAAACUUGGGCGAAGCUUUGAAAGCAGACGAGACGGCUCUGAGCUGGAUGAGGGACUAGAUAUUAGUUUCCUUUUCCAAGAAUUGGUCCAUAAGCUCAAUUUUGCAGAAAGCAAGACUUGUGAAUCUGAGUUCCCUGAAAAGCGACAGCUUUGCCUUCAUAUCUGUGGCGCACCAGAAUCAAAUGACGAUCUCGUUAACACUGUGAAUCAGCUUGUGGCGGACAGACAGCACUCCAAAGCGGCAGCUCUAGCCAUUUUCCAAGAUGAGGUUAAGCUGGCAUACAGGGCGCUUAGGGAGAAUAAGCCAACUCAAGCGCAUAAGCUAUUGGCAAUGGCCAUCAUUGGAGGCUCCAAAGGCGAUGCGGGUCCAGACUGGGAGGAGACCUGCGCAGAAAUCGCUGCCGAGUUGAUAGACCCUUAUGCUAGGGCUAUACUCGCCAUGGUGGGCAAUAGUGAUUGGAUGUCAGUCCUUCAAGAAGCAACACUACCCCUCAAGUAUCGAGUGGAAGUAGCAUUACGCUGGCUCCCAGACGCUGAACUUACGAGCUAUUUGAAAGAUGCCUCCGUCCAAGCCAUACAUCAGGGAGAUGUCGAAGGUGUUGUCCUUACAGGUCUUGACCACGCCGCGCUGGAUUUGUUCCAAUCUUAUAUAAAUAAAUACAACGACAUACAAACGCCAGUCCUAGCGAUGUGUCAUACAAUUCCACGGUUCAUCAGAGACGCACCGAGUAAGGCUCGAUUCGAGGCAUGGCGCGAAACCUACCGACACCAAAUGAAUUCGUGGAAGUUGCACCUUAACCGAGUUAAAUUUGACAUUGAGUCACGGAAACUGGCCAUAACUUGGGAAUCACGCAGGCUCGUUGAACCACCACUCCAGCAGAUCAGCCUCGUCUGCAAUUACUGUACUCGCCCUCUUACACAACAGGAUAACUCUAAUUCAGAGCUCAUGGCUACCCCCACAGCUCCUCCAGAAUUUGCCCACCCAACCCCGGGGAACCCACUAGGCCACGCUUCAAUGAAUGGGACGGCUUGCCCUAAGUGCGAUCGGCAUAUGCCCCGUUGUGGUAUAUGUUCGUUGUGGCUCGGGACGCCCGACCCAAUGUCUAAGGCAUCAAUUGCUGAAGAUUCUAAAAAGGCGGCACCCAGCGAGCAGAGCCAUGAAGAUAUCAUGCGACGUUAA